UGGUCAGAACAAGAAAGCUAAUUUUUGGAAGAAUUAAUUGAUUCUAUCGGCGAGUUCUAUGGAAUGCCAUGAUUGUCCCGCGAAUGCAACCUUUAAUUGGGUUUUGCUUUGUCACUGUUGUAGUGGCACGCCUCUCGAUAUCAAUUGUAAAUAAUCUACCAGGAAAUACAUCUACAUAUGCCUAUGUUACAGCUCAGGAUCCGGAUAACCGGCUAGUCUUGCUACAAACAGAUAGUACUUGGUAUCAUCCAGAGCCCAGUACGCUAUCGUCCAUUCCACUCAAAGUUUCCCAGUCGAUCGCAAUUCCACUGGCGGCAGAAGGUGCGAGCACUACUGUCACAAUACCAAGCGACUUCUCGUCAGGCCGCAUAUGGGUUUCCAUCAAUAGUUUGACAUUCUAUGCUGUUUUGGACAACAACGGUGCCGCCACUCUCAUUGAACCUUCUGUGACAGACACCACAGACCUGAACAGUCUCGUACACUGGGGAUUUGUGGAGCUCAGCUAUACCGCUGAGACUGGGCUAUUUGUAAAUCUCAGUUAUGUGGAUUUUGUGGGCUUAGCUUUGGGCAUAUCGCUGGAAUCAGAGGAUGGAAGCAUACAAGAAGCCCUAGGAAUCCCAGCUGCUGCGGUGACUGACAUCUGCAAUCGGCUUCGACGGCAGGCUUCUAGUAGUGGUCAGCCAUGGGAUCAGCUCUGUGUGAACGAUUCCAACGGUGGUAUACUUCGGGUUCUCUCUCCGAAGUCAUAUAUCAGCUUGCAUCCAUCCGCUUUCCAGGAUUACUACUCGGAAUACGUCGAUGAGGUGUGGUCUACUUACAGCCGGCGACCCCUCACUGUGAAUUCACAAACGUCAGCCGCUGAUAUCUUUGGUUGUAGCACUGGGCCUUUCAAUAUUGACACCACCACAGACAAUAAUAUUCAUGUUGCUAUCGUACCUAGACUCUGCGCUGCCUUGCAUAGAGCCACGCUUCUACUGAAGGGCGGUGACUUUCAACCGGGUCUUGAUCCAGCUUUUUAUUAUAUGACAGAUCCAAGCAAUGUCUACAGUAAUUUGGUCCAUGAUCUCGAGCUAGAUGGAAAGGGGUAUGCCUUUCCAUACGAUGACGUUGGCCCUUCAGGAGCUGACCAGUCCGGUCUCAUUGCAUCACAAGCCCCUAAAUCGUUGAUUAUUACUGUUGGUGGUCCUUCUACUAUUAAAUAA